AUCUACCAGUGAGGUCCUACCUGCUUUUGGUCUUCUAGCAACUGGUGAAACAGAGGAAUUGUGUGUAUAUAGAACCAUAACAAGAUGUGGUUUUGUGUGAAGAGUUUUGCUGAUGAAUUACAGUGUAAUUUCUGUCCUAUGGGGAAGACAAAAGGAACUCCUCUUCCUGUAUGUCUGGAGACCCAGGUGCUGAGGAAAAAGGAAGAGACUAAGAAAAGGCAUGGAAGAACUUGUAAGCAAGAUUGCUUGUGUUAGAUUCCGGAUGAACAGCAAGAUCCAGUUUUCACUGCUGCUGGAAACUUUUAAACAGUAAGAAGAUAAAUCUGUGGAGAAGGAAACAUACAAAGCUACAAGAUGGAGAAAAUGUAAGAGUGUGCCCAGAAAGGCAGUAUUUUGAUGCCUCCUAUGAUGUGGAAGACCUGGGUACAGUCUACUUCCAUGAAAUAACACAGAAGCAGAAAGAAGAUGGUUUUCAGUGUUUAUUUGCUGCUUUAUGUCGAUGCACAGAUAAAAAUGGCAUCUGCCAAGAAAUGAAAAAGGAGCAUGGCAGGAAGAAAAAGACCAUAGUCAAGACAACUUGAAGACUCCUGAUCCCCACUAUUUGGCCUAAGUUAUUGUAUUGUUUUGUCCCAUAUUUUCCUUAUAAGGCUGCUGGCAUCUUGAGCAACUUCAGAUCCUUCUAGCCUGACCCUGGAGAAAGGGCCAAUACUCAAGUAUCAAUACAAAAGACAUGUAGCUGCUUUGAGCUGUUCGGCUGGUUCCAACAUCCAAGUUGCAUAAUUCCAUGGUUCCUUAAGAGCUGUUGCUGGCUUGGUGCUAGAGGUUUGGAAAACCUUUUGGUUCCCUUCUCUUUCCUGCUUCUCAUCUGAGACUUCUGUCAGCACAAACAGCUUAGCCUACAGGCCUGCUUCUCCGGCUCAAAGGGUGGAUGGGGCAAGAAUGGGCAGAAGAGCCCACUCAAUUCUUUCAUGAAUGAAAGGGAAGAAAAUGUCCUGAGAGAGAGACUAUUUCUGCUCUUUUAAGGAGGAGUCCAGAACCUACCUGUAAAGCUGCAGCUUCUCUUUCUCUGAGCUCUGCCAAAGGUAUGAGCUGUUAUGUAGCAGUUGCAUGUGAAGAGAAGACAGAACACAAGUCAUUGUCAGAAGACCCUGCCUUGAGCUGGGCCUGAAAGUUCAUCCAGCUGACUCGUACAUAAAGAAAAUUCAGACGUGAAAAAGGCAAGUCCCUCUGCCACAAUGAGCUCUGAACAUGAAGAAAUCGAUGUUGCAAAAACUGUUGUCAAUGGGCUGAGCAGCAAUGGACAAGAAAAAGUGGCAGGCUGGACUUGCCUCUUUGUAUAUUUUUAGUGCUGUUUUGAGAAAAGCUGUACACUACUUGUGAGCACCUACGAAUCGUAUCUUACUGUUGACGUCCCUUUAUGUACACGUUCUAUUUCUGCCGUUAAAAUAAUCCCUGUGAAGAAAGUGAAAAGUUCUCCUCACCUAGUGCUGCCUACAGAAAUGGAUCCCACAAAAGUCUGCAGUGGAAAAGGAGCUGUAACCCUCCGGGCAACUCCAUCUUAUGAGGGGAAUCGGACUAUCACUUCACCACCAUGUCCUCAGGAUGUUGAGCAACCUGAAAGUCUGGAGCCAGAAAACUCAGAAACAGAUGAUUGGAGGUCGUCGUCUAACACUGAUGCCAAUGGGGAUGCCCAGCCAUCUUCUCUGGCUGCCAAGGGUUAUAGGAGUGUGCGUCCGAACCUUUCUUCAGACAGCAAGCCGCAGGCCCUUGCUCCUCCCCGUCCUCCUCUUCCCAAAGAGGAAAGCUUUGCAUGGCGUCCUCGCACUGACACUAAAGUGACCAACCUGUUGCCAGUGCCCAUCAUGGACUGUGUGUACCUGAAUGCACCCAAGCCUUAUUCACAGCGUGCAUCACCGACCACCAGUGCACGCUGUUAUUUGUCAUCACCUACCCCCUAUGGGGCCGUCCCCAGUGGCAAGCAAGGCUUGCCAGCAGGGCGUUCUCCCUCUUCAGGCCCCAAAGACGAGGUGCAUGCUGGGCAGCCACUCUUGGAAAGUCACUCCUCAUCGGGUGCAUCAUCCUUACAACGCAGCCCUGACAGGGCAGAUCCCAGUAGUAAGGCUGGAAUGAAUGCCAGUCAUGAGACGAAGGCGGAUAAAAAGGUCAGCAAACUAUAUGUAGCUUGUUUAUCUAACAGCACUUGCUCAGGCGCAUCUCAAAAUUCCACUGGCACCACACAUGACCCAGCAGCCAGCACCAGUUUGGGCGCUGAGCUCACUCAGGCACCAGCCACCAACAUUGUUUCCUCUGUAACAGACACUGAAAAGUCUCUUCCUGCUGCUCCUCCUCCUCCUAUUCCUCCCAGGCCGUACUUUUACAUUGUCCUCAGCAAAGACGCAGUUAGUUAUGGUGCAGGCCAGCCCUCCCGGACUCAGUCAUCACCUCCGCAAGCUGUGAGGGACAGAGUGCUAGAGCCCCAGAGCACAACUGCCACAGAGGACAGGAUGAGAAAAGAGCCUUACCUUACUCAGCAGCGACAGCCACCAUACAAGGCAAUGGGACGCAGCAUGGAUGCCACUGCCACCACCUCAGCUCAGCCUGGAGUUAUAGUAGUCCCCCUCCUCCAGGUUAAUCCAGACAGACAACAAGAAGGCAGCUCCAGCACUCCACCACCGCCUCUGGUUCCUUUCGGUCAAGGCUCCGUAUUCCCUGAGAUUGUUUCUCCUGGCUCACCCUUGACUUUUCCAACUCUAGAUGAUUUCAUUCCCCCACAUCUCCAGAGGGGCUCCCACCAUAACCAAGCACCCUCCACAUCUGGCACAUUACCCUCUGUUUACCCGAAACUGCCAUUCUUCUCAUCACCACCUUCACUUGUCCCUCCGGUCACGGGGGCUUUGCACAGGGGCUUGAAGCCUGAAAUCACUGGAGUCAUCUCACAUACAGAUCCCAGUCCUGUGCUAAAUGAAGUGCCCCAGCCUGGCACUGACUAUCCAUCCUCCAUCACUUCCAUCAGCAAGUCUGCCUCUGCCUAUCCUUCUACCACAAUAGUCAAUCCCACUAUUGUCCUCUUGCAGCACAAUCGAGAACAGCAAAAAAGGCUUAGUAGCCUGGCAGAUUCAGUGCCAGACAGAUUAGUUUCUGAUAAAGUUGAUUCAGCACCUCUACGGGACAAGCCAGCUCAGGAGACUGUGCCAAGCGAGAAGAGGGCAGUGGAAGAGAGGAGAAGCACUGUCAAGAGCCCUCACUACAUGGCUGAGACCUCUGUCGAUGACAUCGGAAUCCCGCUGAGGAAUACAGACAGAUCGAAGGACUGGUACAAGACGAUGUUUAAACAGAUCCACAAGCUAAACAGAGACAAUCCUGAAGAAAACCCUUAUUGCCCUACCUACACAUUUCCUGAACUUCCUGAAAUCCAGCAAAAAACUGAAGAAGAAAAUCCUUAUUCUCCUACAUACCAGUUUCCUGCGUCUACUCCUAGUCCUAUCUCUGAAGAUGAAGAUUCUGAUUCAUGCUCUCCUCGUUAUUCCUAUUCUGAGGACAGCAGAACCCAAGUUCCCCGCUCCAAGAGUGAGAUGGACAAUAUUGAUUCGGAGAAGGUUGUGAAGAGGUCUGCCACUUUGCCACUGCCAAACCGUACUUCAUCACUGAAAUCAAGCCCAGAAAGGACUGACUGGGAGCCUCCAGACAAGAAGGUGGACACCAGAAAAUACCGUGCAGAACCCAGGAGCAUUUAUGACUAUCAGCCAGGGAAGUCCUCUGUUCUGAACAACGAGAAGAUGACUCGGGAUAUAAGCCCAGAAGAGAUAGAUUUAAAGAAUGAACCUUGGUAUAAAUUCUUUUCGGAAUUGGAGUUUGGGAAACCGCCUCCAAAAAAGAUUUGGGAUUAUACUCCUGGAGAUUGCUCUAUCCUUACUAGAGAGGAUAGAAAGAGUGAUCUAGAAAAAGAUCUCUACCUCUACCAGACUGAGUUAGAGGCAGAUUUAGAAAAAAUGGAGAAGCUUUAUAAAGCACCACAUAAAAAGCCACAGAAGAAUACAGCAGGUGUUAAUCCUCUGGAAACUUCCACAGACCAUUCUUCCUACUCCACUUAUUCACCCAACUACCAUGCAGUGAAGAGGGAGUCAGAGCUAGCUCUGGGGGACCCUGCUGCCUUGGAGAAUGAAAGGCAGAUUUACAAGAGUGUGCUGGAAGGUGGAGAUAUCCCAUUCCAGGGGCUGAGUGGUCUCAAGCGACCUUCGAGCUCUGCUUCCACAAAAGUAGAUUCAGAAUCACCAAGGCAUUUUGCACCGGUUGAUUACAUGGAAACUCCAGAAGAAAUUCUCCGCAGGCGGCAUGAUGAUAAAGAGAAACUUUUAGAGGACCAGAGACGGCUUAAACGUGAGCAAGAAGAAGCUGAUAUUGCCGCUAGAAGGCACACAGGGGUUAUUCCAACGCACCAUCAGUUUAUCACUAAUGAACGAUUUGGGGACCUCCUAAAUGUAGACGAUACAGCAAAGAGGAAAUCUGGGUCAGAGAUGAGACCUGGUAGAGCCAAGUUUGACUUUAAAGCACAGACACUAAAGGAACUUCCUCUGCAAAAAGGAGAUAUUGUUUACAUUUACAAGCAGAUUGACCAGAACUGGUUCGAAGGUGAACACCAUGGCAGAGUUGGCAUCUUCCCACGAUCCUACAUAGAGCUCCUUCCACCAGCUGAGAAGGCUCAACCCAAAAAGCCGUUACCAUUGCAAGUAUUGGAAUAUGGAGAUGCUAUUGCUAAAUUCAACUUCAAUGGGGAUACCCAAGUGGAAAUGUCCUUCAGAAAGGGUGAGAGGAUCACGUUGAUUCGACGGGUGGAUGAGAACUGGUAUGAAGGAAGAAUCUCUGGCACCAGUCGCCAGGGCAUCUUCCCCGUCACUUAUGUGGAAGUGCUCAAACGGCCGGUGGUCAAGAACGCCAUUGACUAUCCUGACCCACCAGUGUCCCUCUCCCCCAGCCGCAGCGUGACAGCAUCACCACAGUCUCCCAGCUCUGAGCUGCUCCAUACUCCAACUCCUCCGCCUUUGCCUUUUGCGCGCCGCGCUUUGUCUCCAGAGGUGCAGGCGGUCACAUCCGAGUGGAUUGCUCUGACCGUGUCUCCCAGCACCACUCCUGCCAUAACUCCUCCAUUGCCUCCUCUGCCUGAAGCCUCCCUCUCUCACACUGACUAUCUCUCGCCUUCUGCUGCAGCCAGUCCUUCCCCCACAGUCAGCCUCCACCAUUCUCAUCUUUCCGGCUCCUCGACUCCCAGGUCCAUUAAAUCCCCAUUGCCCUCUUCCUCAUCCAGACCUCAGUCCUCUGCCCGCAGUUUCUACCAGGCCAGUCCACAAAACGAAGAAAAGUUUGACUCCCCUUCUCCCAGCGUGACUUACUCUAACUCCUCUCCCUGGGCAGUGGAGAGCCCCGAAAGCAUCCUCGCAGAGCAGCGUGACACCGCUGCCAGCCAAGCCUGGCUCCAAAAGACAGGAGAGGGCAGCAGCCACCCUGAGCAGAGUGCUCACGCUGUCCCCAAGAUCUCUGUUGAGCGCUGCCUGAAACCAUCCCAACUAGACAUGCGUGUGAGCCCAGAAAGGAGACCCGUGGGUUCCUCUGAGGACAACCAGUUGUGUCAGGAGCUAAUGGCUAUUGUUCAGGGAGGUAAAACAGAGAAAAGAGACAUGAGGAGAGGUGAUACGGGAAAGUUUCAAAGCGGGGAAAAGAAGACAGCAGACUCAAAAGUAUUCUCUCCAUCUGCUCCUCUCUCUUCCUCUACCCUCUCUUCCUCUACUGUCACAACACAGCCACCUCCCAGACUUACACGCAGAGUCAAUAAGCCACAGCCUUCCCACCAUUCAUUGAGAGCUGGACCAGAUCUCACAGAGUCUGAAAAGAGCUAUGUGGAAGCUGUUUGCAAUGAAAUCAUAAACAUUGCAGAAAAGUCUGUUCAUUACUGCAGUACUAUUUCUCAGCCUCUUGACUCUCGCCACAAGGUGACCUCUAAUGACCAUAAAUCAUCUCUCAUCAUUUCUCAGCAACCUCAAGCACAGCAGCAAGGAGCCAGCCCUGAGCGAAGUCAAACACCACGCGACAUAGUUAGCUACCAAGCCCUCUACAGCUAUACUCCUCAGAAUGAUGAUGAGCUGGAACUGAGGGACGGUGACAUUGUCGAUGUCAUGGAGAAAUGUGAUGAUGGCUGGUUUGUGGGUACAUCCAGGAGGACAAGGCAAUUUGGCACCUUCCCAGGCAACUACGUGAAGCUUCUGUACCUGUAAAAUAACAGUGAUCCCACCAUGACGAGGAUGGGAUUCUUUUCCAGAUGGUGUUUUUAAACAGUGAAGAAACAGACAAUUUAUGAAUGUAAUAGACAAGAGAUGAGAAGUGUUAGGAGGAUGUGGAUAUGUGGUACACUCUUGAGUUGAAUGUGUAGCCCUGCUUCCAUGGAGUCAGGGUGUGAUUUGUUUGCUGAUGAAGAGACAGUUUCUAGUUUACAGUGCUGCCUUUGUGUAUUCCUCUCCCUUCCCCAGUAAGAGUUUUGAUGAUAAUCUUAAUUUGUACGGAGUACUUACCUCUGAGAAGGCUUCAGGGAAGCACAUGGUAUAGGUUUUGUUUGUGUGUUGAAAUAGGGUAGUGCUCUGGGGCAGUACUCAGCCCCAUGGCUGCUCACGUUCCUUGGCACAGUUCAGGAGGCCAGGCUUGCCUACCCAGUUUUGCCUUGCUGAAGACUCACUUUUCUCUGCCUUCUGUUUCCAUAGAAAACCCUUCUUUCAUGUCAUGCAUCUUAAUACCCAGCAGAGGCAGAGGACAGCUGAUACAAUUAAAUUGCAGAGCUCUGUGUGGAAAAGGAGUUUGGGACUGGUGGUUUAAUCCAGAGAGGUCAGCCAAAGCAUAAUGCAAAUGCACAAAAAUCCCAAACUCUUUAAUAACAUAUUACUGAUCUCUGCAGGGUUUUUUCUUUUGUGCAGGGUGUGUGUGUGUGUGAGUGUAUUGUGUGCAAAAUGAACUGAGUCCUGUUUUUUAAAGAGGAAUCAGCCUAGCUUUGACAUUUAUCUGCACAAAGAAUAGAACCAAUAAACAGAACAUCUGUGAGGGCAAAUCCUGUUUAUGAGUCCUACGGCUGUUCACUUUCUCUGCUCCUCUUGCCCUGUCCCUAAAGGAUCACACACCUUUUUCCCGGUAUAUGCUUUGGGAUGAAGACUUUACUUCUUUCCCAGUAUUAAAUCUUAGAGGCUCUGAUAAAUCUGAGCAAUGUAUCACUGAGGGUGCCUUUUUUUUUGUUUGUUUGGUUUUUUUUUCAGUUUGGUUACAGUGUUGAUGGUAGGUCAAAUAAAUACAUGCAUUUGGGUUGCCUCUUAACCAUACAAAAAAGUCUAAACAAUUUGGAAAGCUGUUCCCAGCAGUUAUUACCAGUUACAUAGAUUUGUAUUUCCUUGAGGAAAAAAAAAGAAAAACCAUGGCUUGGCUGUAUGUUUGCCUGUAAAUCCACUAUGAAUACUCUUUUGAUAGACUUUUUGUUAGUAAGAAAAAGCAUAAACAAAACCAGUUCUAUCAGACCCUGCUUCCUACAAUUACCGUACAAAUAGCAAAGGGUUAGAUUGCUAUUUUGUCAUAAGCCGUAUUUAAUAAUAUAAAAUGCCUAUUUUUAUGCUGAUGCUUUUAUACAGAUUUAUUAAGAGUAAACUACAACUAACUGUUAGCACGACUUGCGAUGUUUUGAUAAACUAGCCAUGCUCCUGGGUUUGAAAUAAGUAGGCUUGUCUUCCGCCUCAGUCAGCGGAAGAGAAGACUGUCUCAGAAGUUUGACUGUAAAUAUGUAUAUUUAACUUUGUACAGACAAUGUACUUACCUUGUAUAGAGAAAUAAUUUAAACACAUUGAGUGAAGGGAGGGAAAAAAAGGCAGUUGUGAAAGGUUGGGAUUUUUUUUCCACUUUUAUUUAAGUGAUAGAAUUCCAUGUAUGUUCACAUAAAGAGUUUUAGCACAAAAUAUUCAAAAAUAUUCAUUAUGGAAGGGUUUCAGAUGUGACACAAAGCACCACUUUAUUUUCUGCAGGAGAUAUCUUGAAUCCUGUAUCUUAUUUAUGGGUUUGUUGUACUGCUUUGAGUUUGCCCCCCAGUUAUUUGCAACAAUGUUUAGGCCUGUUGGUAAGAUUGGAUAACACCAAAUAAAUCUAUCCAGCAACGUAACAUGUUGAUAUUGAUUGUAUAUAACAUACUCAUUUAAAGGUUAAUUUUCUGUUCUUGCUCUUGCCAGUUUAAGUUAAACACAAACACACACACACACAACACAUAUCCACACAAACUGCAACUUAUUUUUGUGUUGAUUUUUUGUUUCUUAUUGCAGUGGAUUACUAUUUGACAAUUAAUAAAUGGAAUUAUUGAAUUAC